AUGGCAGGCUCAGUAAAGAAACGCUCACUCAGCGACGGGCUCAAGGGCCGAGUUGCCCCGCCGCCGAAGAAGCAGAAGAAGAUGGAGUACCGCAGCAGCUCAGAAAAGUCCGACAGCAGUAGCGAUGACGGUGGCGUACCUCUCCCUCCUAAUCUUCUCGACUCGGACGACGAAGAUUUUGAUAACAUUGAAGUUGACGAUGGCGCUACGACGGCAUCAUCCUCGGAUGACGAUUCCGACUCGGAUUCAUUCUCCGAAAGCGAACCUAAACCCAAGAAGAGCGCAAAGUCAUCAAAGCAAGCACCAAAACCGCCAAAGAAGGACGACAAGAACUUCGUCGCCAAAGAUGCCCCCUCCUCAGAAGAAUCUGACUUUUCGGAAUACGGUUCCGACCAUGACGAUGACUCCGACGAGGAAGGCGAGAAUGACGAGUACUCUGACCUCUCAGACGCCGACACCCACGCCAGCUCCGUCGCAGGCUCGGCCACCUCCUCAAAAUCUGGCCAACACAAGAAAUCUAAGCGCAAUGACCCCGACGCCUUUGCGGAAUCCAUGAAGAAGAUGCUCUCGAGCAAACUCCCCGCCUCCAAACGCGCCGACCCCAUUGUGGCGCGCAGCGCUGCCGCCGCCGAGCACGCCCGUCAAGCAGCUGAUGCAGCGCUCGAGGCUAAGGCGCGCAAGCGGUUGCGCGAGCAGAAGAGGCUUGCACUGGAGAAGGGUCGCGUGCGCGAUGUGCUGGUUGCCAGUACGACGCGGACGUUCAACGUCGAAACGGGCAAGGUUGAGGAGGUGGUAGAUGAGGAAGGGGUUACGACGGAGCAAAUCAUUGAGAGAGAGAGGAAGCUGAGGAAGAUUGCGCAGAGGGGUGUGGUUAAGCUAUUCAAUGCCGUGCGCGCGGCGCAGCUAAAGGCUUUAGAAGCCGAGAAGGCUGCUAGGAGAGAGGGUGUUAUUGGUUCGAAGCAGAAAGAGGAGAAGGUGACAGAAAUGAGCAGGAAGGGGUUCUUGGAUUUGAUUGCCAGCGGUGGUGGAGGGCUGAAGAAGGGGGCUCUGGAGGAGGCACGGUAA